AAAAAUGCGAAUUAUAGAAGCAUACAUAACUUAAAAUAUUGCAUUCAAAUUUAUAAAAGCGAAUUAAAAAAAAAACAACAAUAAAGCAUCAUGUAUAACAAAUCCAAAGCGCGCCAGUCAAUAAAAGUCGAGAAAGAAAAUGAAAAUUUCGAGUUACGGAAAAAGAUAAAAUACUUGACCACAGAUAAACAUUUGGUCAACAAAAAAGAGACUGUAUGGGAUCGUUUGAGUAAAGUGAAAAAAGCACCCAGCACUGAGAAUGUUGUGGGAGUAAAUAGAUCACGCCCUAGUCUUACCACUAAAACUUCACAACAUUUUCAAUCAAACGUUGUGAAGCCAUUUAAUCCGUCAGUACAACUGUUACGAAAGCCAUUAUCACCAACAGCCAGUUCUAUUAACAAGCGUUCUAACGUACCUAAAAGAUUAUCUUUACAGAAGCCAACUGUUGUCUCAGAUAUUAAAAAGGAAGAUGUUUUACAUAUCAUGCCCGUCAACGACAUACUAACUGCUCGCAGUUUUAGUGAUGAAUCCAAAUCUUCAUCAGGCGGCAAAUCGGCUUUCCGUAAAUUAUCGAAUACAUCUACAGAAUAUAUAUGUUCCAAUGACCUUCAAGUUAAUGAGUCUUCCGAAGAAUCCAAUGAAGAAUAUAAAUUGGCUCCGUUAAUGAACUCUGGGCACGAGUCUAUGAGCAGUAUGCGAAUACUACGCCAUGUUCGAGAAUUUUUGCGACACAAGGACAAUGCAAUGCCCAUGGAGGAUAUUGAACUCGUAAAAGAUGUUGUUAAAUCCGAUAGUAGAUAUAGAAAUUUGGACAAAAAUCCCAAACUCUUUAAGGAUAUUUUGAAGACACAGUUGCAAAACGUUUUAAAACACGAAUUUGCUAUUAAAAAAGCUUUAGACAGUUUAGAACCUUCGGCCAGUUUACAACAAAGCCUUGAAAUCGAAUCAACCAAACCCAUAAAUAAAAUUGUGAGUUACUCGGGUCACAAUAAAGAAACUCAAAAAUUCGAAGUCGAUGUUAUAUUUAAAAAUGUUCCAUCUUUAGAUAAAGAAAUUGAAAUUCUUAGAGCACUGGGUGAAAAGUUAGAAGCAACACUACGAAGUACAACAUGUCAUAGGAGCAGACGUGACGAUUCUGCGUCACAUAGAUCGAUUAGCUCAACCACAAAACCGUUGUUAAUAGGUGAAAAUAAAAAUCUUCCUGUAAUGUAUAAACUAAAACAUGAAGUUUAUGUUUUAACUGCUGAAUACAAUGUAGAGGUGACUGUACAGCUAAUUGGCAUUAGUCAUCAUAUCGGAAUAGUAAACGAAUUUUACAUGGCUCAAAAAACAAUCGCUGAACUAAAGCGCGAGUCGAACCGUCCAUUCUAUAUUCCAAGUAAUUCUGAAGGCGAUCAAUUGAUAAGAACUUGUUUUAAACAACUUAAGGAAACCCCAAGCGAAUUACUGCGUCAUGUAAAGCCAAGAAAUUCUAAAAUUGCCUUUAAUGUACUAGAACAAGAUCCAAUAUUUUUUAACAAUGUAUUCCAUAAGACUCUAAAGCUUUCGAACAUUCCCUAUAAUUUGUCUACCAGCAAUGAUGAUCAGUGCGUAGAAAACCAGCUGUCAAUCAAACAAUCCCUUUGUGAUGGUGGCGACGGUAUCAUUCAAAUAUUUGGAACACCGACUAUUGUGGAACCUGUCAUUCGAGGCAAACAACGCCGACGAAUACGACGUUGUUUGACCCCCAUGCCAUUCAGUAGCUGCUAUAAUCCAAAAACUGCAUUGUUCAAAACAAUUUUAGUGGGUAUUGUACAAAUGUCGGUAUUCAUAAUAUUCAUAAUGGCUCUAACGUAUCCCGAUGUCAGGUGUUAAAAAACAGAUCAUUCCAAUAAUAUGUAAUAUGACUAUUUUAAUUUAUCUACGAUUGAACUUCAUUAUGGAUCAAUAUUAUAUUGACCAAAAAAGAAAUUACAGAAGUUAAAUUUUUCGGAC